CAGACAAACUAUGGAGACAUCGAAUUUGGUUUCUUCCCGACCGUUGCACCCCAAACCGUUGAGCACAUUUUCAAACUUGUUCGAUUGGGAUGCUUUAAUACUAAUCACUUCUUUCGGGUUGAUAAGGGCUUUGUUGCCCAAGUGGCUGAUGUUGUGGGUGGAAGAUCAGCCCCUAUGAAUGAAGAACAAAGAAAAGAAGCAGAAAAGACCGUUGUUGGUGAAUUUAGUCAGGUCAAACAUGUAAAGGGUAUUCUUUCCAUGGGGAGGUUUGAGGAUCCCAACAGUGCAUCAUCGUCGUUUUCAAUACUUCUUGGAGAUGCCCCUCAUCUUGAUGGCCAGUAUGCGAUUUUUGGUCGACUUACUAAAGGUGAUGAGACAUUGAAAAAGCUUGAGCAAGUCCCUACUCGCCGUGAGGGUAUUUUUGUAAUGCCAACUGAACGCAUCACUAUCCUGUCAUCGUACUAUUAUGAUACCGAGUUGGAGAGAUGUGAAAAGGAGAGAUCAAUUUUGAAAAGAAGACUUUCUGCAUCGGCCGUUGAAAUUGAAAGACAGAGAAUGAAAUGUUUCCCAUGAUUCUGAUAGCACGAGUCCGAUCAGCGACUAGAGAUGCUGUGAUUGCUGUAAAAUUUUUCACAUCUUUAUGUAUUUGUUUCAGAGAAGGUUUCAAAAGGAUCAGUUCUAACACAAAAAGCUCCGCUAUAUUUAUCCAAAAACAAGAACCAGUAUAUAGUUUGAAUUGUCCCCAAGAGAUAACUCAAUCGGCUGGAACCACACUUAAUGAAGUGGAGGUUACUAGUUCGAAUUUCCCUCCCCCUUCUUGUGCGGACAUGUCAAAAAAAAAGUAUAUAGUUUGAAU